UGUUAGUAAUAAUAAAAAUAACAUAUCAAGGCUCUUCAGCAAAAGCCCUUGUCAGUUUAAAAGAGGGAAGCUUAUCUAACACGUGGAAUGAAAAGUACAAUUCUUUACAGAAAACGCCAGUUUGGAAAGGCAGGAAUACAAGUUCUGUGGAUAUGCCUUUCAGAAAUUCGAAGCGAAGUCGACUCUUUUCUGACGAAGAGGACAGGCAAAUAAGUACAAGGUCUCCUAAAAGGAACCAGAGGGUGGCGAUGGUCCCUCAGAAAUUUACAGCAACAAUGUCAACACCAGAUAAGAAAGCCUCACAGAAGAUUGGUUUUCGAUUACGUAACCUACUCAAGCUUCCCAAAGCGCAUAAAUGGUGCAUAUAUGAAUGGUUCUACUCAAAUAUAGACAAACCACUUUUUGAAGGCGAUAAUGACUUUUGUGUAUGUCUAAAGGAGUCUUUUCCUAAUUUGAAGACAAGAAAACUAACAAGAGUAGAAUGGGGAAAAAUCAGGCGGCUUAUGGGGAAACCACGGAGAUGUUCUUCUGCAUUUUUUGAGGAAGAGAGAUCAGCAUUAAAACAGAAACGGCAGAAAAUACGGCUUCUACAACAAAGGAAAGUUGCAGAUGUUUCACAAUUCAAAGAUCUCCCAGAUGAAAUUCCUUUGCCCCUGGUUAUUGGAACCAAAGUUACAGCACGAUUGCGUGGUGUUCAUGAUGGUCUGUUCAUUGGACAAAUAGAUGCUGUGGAUACUCUUAAUGCUACUUAUAGAGUAACUUUUGAUAGGACAGGGCUUGGAACCCAUACCAUCCCUGACUAUGAAGUUCUUAGUAAUGAACCUCAUGACACAAUGCCAAUUGCUGCCUUUGGACAAAAACAACGACCGUCUCGAUUUUUCAUGACCCCACCCCGGUUACAUUAUACUCCUCCUCUACAGUCACCUAUUACGGAUAAUGAUCCCUUAUUAGGACAGUCGCCUUGGAGAAAUAAAAUUUCUGGCUCUGACUCUGAAACAUUAGGCGGUUUUCCAGUAGAAUUCCUCAUCCAAGUGACCAAAUUAUCAAAAAUUCUCAUGAUUAAAAAGGAACACAUCAAGAAAUUAAGGGAAAUGAACACCGAAGCAGAAAAAUUGAAAUCAUAUUCAAUGCCCAUCAACAUUGAAUUUCAGCGGAGAUAUGCAACCAUUGUUCUAGAGCUUGAACAACUGAACAAGGAUCUAAACAAAGUCUUGCAAAAGGUUCAACAGUACUGUUACGAGCUUGCUCCAGACCAGGGACUCCAGCCUGCAGAUCAACCCACAGAUAUGAGACGAAGAUGUGAAGAAGAAGCACAGGAAAUUGUUCGGCAUGCAAAUUCCUCAACAGGACAGCCCUGUGUUGAAAAUGAAAAUCUUACAGACUUAAUUUCUAGGCUUACAGCUAUAUUAUUACAAAUUAAGUGCCUAGCAGAAGGAGGAGACCUGAAUUCCUUUGAAUUUAAAUCACUGACAGAUUCAUUGAACGAUAUCAAGAGUACAAUAGAUGCUUCUAAUAUAAGCUGCUUUCAGAAUAAUGUAGAAAUCCAUGUUGCACAUAUUCAGAGUGGCCUGAGCCAGAUGGGAAACUUACAUGCCUUUGCAGCAAAUAACACCAACAGAGACUGAGUAGAAGAUUUAAUUAUUCCAACUGCAGAGAAUAUUAUUUUUUAGAAGUUCUUUUCCUUUACAUAGGCUUCCAAUACCAAAUACCUAACUGCUGGAAAACAAGGGAAACUAAAAUUUCCAAAUGAGGCAUUUUAAUAUACUGUACUGCUUCUUAAACCAACAGUACUGACCAGCAUUAUAUUUUUCUUUUUUAUUCAGCUGCAGUAGCAUUGCUUAUGUUACGUAUGUUUUAUUAGCAAGUACUUUUAAAAUGAAAACGUCUGAACACAGUAUCAUUUCACGGAUUAUGUUAGCCAUUUCUUAAGUGUGCAUAAAAUCGACCCAAUGCGUGCAGACAACUACUGCAAUGGAGAACAAGAAGGGAAAAUGGUCUUUCUUUGCCUGUAAGUGGCAGUAUGGAAUCUGCCUAGAAAAUUGUAAUUCCAGUCGAUGCGGUUGAUCAACAUCUCAGUCUUCAAAAGAUGCCAUCAUGAGAUGUGGAAGUACUCUUUAAUUUUGUUUUGUUUUUAAGGAAGCCACUGGAAGAGAGGUGGAAAAUAAGGACUUUACUAGUGUAUGUGACAUGUACUUGUAAUGUGACAUGGCUCUGCAGAUCAUUUUAUAAUUUUAAAUAUUGUAAUUUAUCAUAAUUUAUAAAAAUAAAAACCUUGUUGUCUGUCUGUUGAAAAAAAAAAUGAAGGAACAGGAAAAAAGCAUUAUUGCAAAGUGGUGAAUUUCAGCCAGUGGAUUUGGCGUGUCUUUUCCCAUUGAUUCAGGGCAAAAAAAAGUGCUAUUGUUAUGAGAUUUAUUAAAAAAGAAAAAAAAGACUGAUAACACUAUUUUCAUAUUUUUUUGUUUAUUUGCACAACUUUUAAACCAGAUUACUGGUUAAAAUUCAACAGUACACAACUUAAAAUGUAAAAAGAUUUUUAUAAGGAAAACAAAUGUAAUAACCAGUGCUGUGAAUGCAGAAGGGUUUGGGGAUU